AUGGCCUCUCCAGCCUCCCCAACCACACCCCUCCCCGCUCCCCCCCACGAACCCACAACAGCUCACGCCUACCUCCUCCCCAUCCUUUCCCUCCUCAGCAUCCUCAUCCUCAUUGUCCCCUUCAUCUUCCACCUGCGCGCCCGCAACACCGGCGCCUGCGCCCUAAUCUUCUACCUCACCCUCUUCAACCUCAUGGUCUUCAUCAACGCCCUCCUCUGGCCCGACAACAACUUCUCCACCUGGUGGGACGGCGCCAUCCUGUGCGACAUCGAAGUCAAGAUCAUGUGGCCCAUCACCGUCGGGGUCGCUGCUUCGACGAUGGCGAUCACGCGUUCCCUGGCUCGGGUGCUCGAUGUCGAGAAUGCGGAGUUGAACCCGUCGAGGGCGAGGAAGAGGAGGAGGGUGUGGGUGGAUUUGGGGAUCUGUUUUGCGGUGCCGCUGUUGAUUGUGGGGUUGCAUCAUGUGGUGCAUAAUCGACGGUAUUUGAUUGUGGCGAUUGGGGGGUGUACGGAUAGUUAUUCGGGGAGUUGGCCGAGUAUUUUGAUUAUUUGGAUUUGGCCGCUUGUUUUUACGUUGGUUAAUGUUUAUUAUGCUGCCCUCGUCCUAACCCGCCUCCACCGCCACCGCUCCACCAUCUCCACAAUCCUCACCACCCACUCCCUAACAGCCUCCCGCUUCCUCCGCCUCCUCCUCCUCUCCCUCCUCCUCCUCCUCCUCUACCUCCCCCUCAACAUCUACUUCUUCUACAUCAACCUCUCCCAACCCCUCGAGCCCUACUCCUGGUCCGCCGUCCACGACCCCGCCGUCUGGGCUGUGAUCCCUUACGUCCCUGCGAAGGGCGUUUUUACGUUUGAUCGCUAUGUCCCGGUUGCGAUGGCGGGGUUCGUGUUUGUCUUCUUUGGCGUGGGGGAGGAGGCGAGGAGGAUUUAUGCAAGGGUUGCGGUGGGGUGUUGA